AGCCGCGUCGUCGUGUGCCGCCGCCGCCGCCGCCGCGUAUUAUAUAUAUUAUUUUGAAUAAUAAUAUAACACUACGCACACGCCACGGCCACUCGCGCGUUCGUCGUUCGCGCCGACGACACGCGGUGAUUUGAUCGCCGCUGCUGCCGCCGCCUCAGCUGCCUCCGCUGCCUCCACUUCGCCAGUCAGACACGACACGCAUAUUCUGUUAAAUAUUAAUAACAUACAAUGUCAUAAUAAUUUUUAAUAAUGUUUCGGACAUUUGCCCGUCGGUCGUAGUCGUGUUUUUGUCACACGUUUGUCAUCGUCCAUUCGUGAAUAGGUUCGCGACGACGAAAAACGCGUUCACAUAUCACGAUUAUAUUCAAAUAACAACAGUAGGUUUUUCGACAUCCGAUCGGCCCUCCCCGGACCGUCAAUCAUCCGCAUCCCCCCCCCCCCCCCAAUCAGUACCCCCAAACUGCACCGCCGCCGUUACGUAGAAUAUUAUAAUAAUACGUCUCGUUAAAAUGUUGCACAGAUCCUAAUGACCAUGGAGAAUUGCGCGGCACUAAUCGUUCAGGACCAGAAGUACUGUUACUUCCGGAAAGCAGUGCACUUUUGGGCGCAACAGGCACUGCUACCAGCUGUUGUGGCCGUGGGCGUGGUGGGUAACAUGCUGUCCGUGGUCGUACUUACCAGAGAACCGAUGAAGAGCUCCACCAGCACGUAUCUGACUGCUCUGGCUGUAUCCGACUUGUUCUAUUUGCUGUUUGUGUUUACCAUAUCCUUUGAGAACUAUCCGUGGAUCGUCGAGGCCGAUUACUACAUUUAUUGGAAAUGGUAUCCUUACGGGCUGUGGCUUACCGACGCUGCAAGUAACACAUCGGUGCUGUUAACGGUUUCGUUCACCGUCGAACGGUACAUAGCCGUGUGCCAUCCUCUGCGCGGCCGCGUGCUGUGCACCGAGUCCCGGGCCAAACGCGUCAUCCUGAUGGUGGCGUUAUUCUGCAUCCUUUGCACGGCCACCACUCCGCAUGAGUGGCACAUAGCCAUCAACGCGGCCACCGGCAAGUUCCAGAAGAGCAGCACGGAACUGGGCCGGAACGACAUCUACAAGAAGGCGUACAACUGGUUUUGCAUCGUCACGUUCAUAUGCGUACCGCUGCUGGUGCUGGCCGUGCUCAACUGGUUCCUGAUCAACGCGGUCAACCAGAGCCGCCGGAACCGGACGCGGCUCACGUGCCAGGGGAACGUGGUGUGGAACAGGCAGCGGCAGGAGAACAAAAUGACCAUGACGCUGAUCGCCGUGGUGAUCAUGUUCUGCGUGUGUCAGACGCCGACGGCCGUGAUGAUGCUGACGGCGUCCGUGUACGAGCCGCCCGAGAAGACACCCGCGUACUACGUGAACCGCGGUCUGCACACCAUAUUCAACUUCCUGAUGGUGGUGAACGCCGCGUCCAACUUCAUGUUGUACUGCGCCAUGAGCCGCAAGUACCGGCGCACGCUCAUGAUCACGUUCAUGCCGUUCCUGGCGGCCCGGCACGCGCGCAACGCCACGCUCCGGUCGUCGGUCAGCUACCCGCGGUCCGGCACCAUGGUCCGGCGCAACACGGAGGUCACGCAAAUGACCGAUAUAAUCGGCGCCGCGGCCACCGGCAAACGCGAACCUCUCAUCCGGGCCGGCACCAACCACGGCAGGCACGCCGCCAACAACAAGCAGCAGCUGACCGCCACGGCCGUUCUCUAAGCGCGCCGCGGUCGUAUCAAGCCGGGUUCACCUCGCGCGCGGUCAGUCUUGCCGUGCGGCGCUUUUCAUCGUAUUUUCGUGACAAUCAUAAUAUUAUAUUAUUAUGAUAUUAUAAGAACGAUCUAUGUCGUGAAAAUUCCCAUGUCGGGCCGAGCUCGACUUUUGGGCGCGACACGACAGACGACGCAUAGGUGGCUGCAGUGAACCCGGCUUUAUUAUAUUAUACAACUGAUGUCCGACUAUUACAUCUAUAUGAUAUGAUAAUAUUAUAAUGACAUCCGUCCCAUUAUACAAUUAUUAUUAUUAUUA